AUGGAUAACGUAACAGAAAAACUUUUGCAAUGUUUUGGUCACAAAAAAUUUAAAAGUGAGCUUCAAGAAAGGGCUGUCAGAGCAAUUGCGCGAGGUGUCCAUGAUGUUUACGUUUCUAUGCCUACUGGUUCUGGAAAAUCACUUUGCUUCCAAUUACCUGCUAUGUUGCAGGACAAUAAAGUUGCUAUAGUAUUUUCACCCUUACUUGCAUUGAUAAAAGAUCAGAUAGACCAUUUGACUAGGUUAAAAAUACAAGCUGAAUCAAUAAAUUCAAAAAUGACGAGUAAAGACAGAGAAAGAGUUUUGAAUGAUUUACAAAGUAUGAAACCAAAUACACGUUUUUUAUAUAUAACUCCAGAACAGGCUGCUACUGUAACAUUCAAAGCACUUUUGGAACAUCUUGUAAAAUACAAGAAGGUCUCAUACAUAAUUGUUGAUGAAGCCCACUGUGUAAGUGAAUGGGGGCAUGAUUUUCGGCCUGAUUAUUUAAAACUUGGAUUUCUACGUGAAAAAUUUAAAAGUAUACCUUGGGUAGCUCUUACGGCAACUGCUAGUACCGAAGUCACUAAGGACAUUUUAGAGAACCUUAAGUUGCUACAUCCAGUGGCACAGUUCAAGACUCCUAGCUUUAGACGUAACCUAUUCUAUGAUGUAGUGUACCAAAAUUGCAUUGAAGAUGAAGUUGGCGAUUUAGCCGAAUUUCUGAAGAAAUCUUUAAAGGAUGAUGAUAAUGUAAAGGCAAGAGAUAAAAAUGCAGCUAUUGUAUAUUGUCGGACUCGUGAACAAACAGAGGACAUUGCUAGGAUGCUGUGUAAUAAAGGAGUUAAAUCAUUAGCUUAUCAUGGUGGUUUAAAGGGUUCUGAAAGGGUGUCAGUGCAAGAACAAUGGUUCAAUGGUGAAUUUCCUUGUGUAUGUGCAACUGUUUCAUUUGGUAUGGGUGUUGACAAGGCAUCAGUACGCGCUGUGGUUCAUUGGGGUCUACCACAAAAUGUUGCAGCCUAUUAUCAAGAGUCAGGAAGGGCUGGCAGAGACGGCAAACCGGCGUUUUGUCGCAUCUACUACUGCCGAAGUGAACGGAAUGCCGUCGACUUUUUGCUCAAAUCUGACAUCGCGCGCUCAAAGACUCCUGAACAAAAACAACGAUGUAAAAAUGCGUACAAGAGUUUCGAGAUCAUGGUCAAAUACUGUGAAGAUGUUGGAUGCCGCCACAAAACAUUCGCGGAUUAUUUCGGCGAAGAACCACCUCGGUGCGGUACGCGAUGCGACGCUUGCACGGACGCACGCGCCGUACGACGUGCCCUCGAACAACACAUGCGAAGAGCCAUGAGCGCCACGCUGCAUCGUGCGGGCUUUGUCUCUCACGAUGACUCAUCCGACCUCUAUGGACAGGGGAGAGACGGACAGAAGAGGGAAAUAGAAUCAUAUUACGGUGAUGGUGGUGAUGACUCCGACGGUGAAAGCAGUAGACGUCGAGUUGCCGAAGAGACACGUUCCCUUAUUAUGCAUGAGUUUGCUCAAAGAAAGAAGUCUAUAGAAAAGGACAAAAAGUCAAAUGAUUCUGAAUCUGCUAAAUAUUCAAAAUGCAAAGCCGCUGAUAGUACAAGCACAAAAGUAAAUGGACUGACAGUAGCAAGCAGAGAAAGUUACUUAUCCCUCCUAAAAAAUGCUCUUAAUGAGAAUUUAGCGUCGUUAAAAGACGUAGAUGAACCCAUAAAGCCAUUAUCAAAGAAUAACGUAGAACAAUGCGCUAUCGAGUUGGAAUAUGAGGCCUUUUCAAGCAGUACGGUCAUAAGCCUGUAUAGACGAGCGAUGACUAAACUGAUUGCAACAGUAAAAGCAUCUAAAGACAGUCUUUACUUUCGUCUUAAAACAUUUGAACCUAAAAAACGGGAAACUCUCGGCGAACUUGUAAAGGACUUUGAAAAAAGCAAACAAGGAGAAUCUCAUAAAUCGCACGGAUUUAUUACUGCUUCCCAGUUAGAAGGUGGGCGAAUAGAGGAUAAAAAUGGAGCUCGAGAACUUUCGAAAGCUGACAGAGAAACAAAACGGAAGGCUAAUUCCUUCAAAAAAGAUUCUCUUACACAAACCAAGCUGAAAAGCUUCUUCACCCCGAAGACGGCGCAAGAAUCUUCGGAAACCUCCUCAAGCGCUAGUGACGAUGAAGGUGGACUUAUUAUUGAUGAACACUCUAAACCAGACCCUUGUGAAUCAACUCUAAAAUUGGACGAGAUAGAAGAUAAUACAGAUGAAGAUGAUAUCGACAAAACCUUAAAAAUUGAGGAAAUAAGUUCAAAUUCUAAAAAUGACUCUAAUUCGAAAACAUUGGUUAUAAAUAUUACUCUGCAGGGUGUUCCGAGUAAACGCGCAAACGAAGAAAAAGUAGAACAUGAACAGGAGGAUACGCACCCGGUUGAUGAAAAUAUAAAAGGGUCCCCUAAUAAAAAGCAUGGCCCUGCAAAAAAGAAAAAUUAA